AAAAGUGAGGAUUGCCUUACGAGACGGUCAUCUGAGCUAGGUGGUUAGAUUCUUUCGUGUAUGAAAAGUGUUAUUUCCCUUGAAACGAUUGUGCAUCCAUACUCUCCAUGCGUGAUAAUUUACCGAUAAUAUAAACAACACGCGUGUCGUUCACGAAUAUAGUGGAAAUGUAAAACUAAUAUUUUCUUUGAGUGAUUUAGUAAGUUUUCCAAAGGCGCAUCACUAGUGGUAUACGUCAUCAAGCACCACGGCCGCGACGUACGUCAUUCAGUGAUAAUUGAUAAGCCAAAGCUUGGUACUUGUUGAUUUGAUAAAAUCAUUAAGAUCAAUAGCAAAAACAAAAGUUUCCGCCAGUGCAGCUUACAAAAUAAAAAAUGAAGGAAUUAAUGUUUAGAGUCCUACCAAAGUUUGAGUUAUUCGUAUUAAUAUGCAUCAUAAAUUCUAUUUGUUGCGGACGACUGUUUGGUGAGGAAGGGUAUUAUCCUGCCGGGUACUACGACAGCCAACAAGCUCAAUAUGAAAAAAUUAAAACUGCGCUCACUAAAUUGGAACAUGCGCCCCAAUGGGUGAAUGACUGGCCAGACCCAUCCAUCAGAAUGGGCCAGGUAUCAGGUGUGGCUAUAGACAACUCUGGCCAAGUGCUGGUAUUCCACCGAUCCCACAAUGUGUGGGAUGCCACAACAUUCAAUAACCGGGAUGUAUAUCAGGGUAUCGGAGAGAAGGCUAUACCGGAACCCACAAUAUUGGUGCUCAAUGAUACGGGGGAACUGGUGGAUAUGUGGGGGCAGAACCUGUUCUAUAUUCCUCAUGGCAUAACAGUGGAUUAUGAAGGCAAUGUGUGGGUGACUGAUGUGGCCAUGCACCAGGUCUUCAAAUUCACUCCUGACAACAAACUGAAGCCCAACUUGACUCUCGGAGAGAAGUUUAUUCCCGGUAACGACGAAAAACAUUUCUGCAAGCCUAGCGCGGUUGCUGUGUUGUCUACCGGUGAUUUCUUCGUAGCUGAUGGGUAUUGCAACCACAGGAUACUCAAGUUCUCCUCCAGUGGCAAUAUUAUACUGCAGUGGGGACUCAGUCACGGUAACUCCCCGUACGCGUUCAACGUGCCUCACGCGCUUACGCUGGCCGAGGACCGCGGGCUCGUAUGCGUGGCCGACCGGGAACGCGGCCGCAUCGCCUGCUUCCGCCACGACAACGGCACCUACGAGGGCAGCUUCAGCAGCUGGCUGAUGGGCGGCCGACUGUUCAGCGUCGCGUACGCUCCGGUGCACGGCGGUCGCCUCUACAUCGUCAACGGGCCGGACAGCCCGCUCCCAAACCCAGUUCCCGUUCGCGGCUUCGUCAUCGACUUCACAACGGGCCGGUUGAUCCAAACCUUCGCUCCCGACGAGGGUCUGCAGAACCCACACGAUGUGGUAGCAUCAGCCGACGGUUCUAAAGUGUAUGUCGCUGAGUUGAACCCUUUUAGGGUGUAUAAGUUCGUGGAUGAAAUACUGAGGAAUGAAAGCCGGUUGGAGAAGAAUGUGACGUCACACGUCAAGCCUACGGCGACAGUUGAGGUGGUGGGCAGGUCUAGCUCGGCCCCCGGCGCGUGGGAGUGGUGGAGCGGCGCGCUGGGCGGCGCGGGCGGCGCGGCGGCGGCGGCGCUGCUGGCGCUGGCCGCGCUCGCGCUGCUGCGCGCGCGCAACACCGGUCGUAAAGGCGUCACCCGUCGCCGCUGGGAGUAUGGCCAUGGCGAAUUCAAGCUGCGACGUCUGUUGGAACGCCGUCGCUUCACGCGCGUGCACUCCGAUGACUCUGAUGAGGAACCGGCGCCCAUGCUGCCUCACGCCACCCCGGCUAACGCGUGAUGCUUAAGCGAUACUUGUUAUAUGUAAAGAACAUCUGAACUUAGAACAUCUCAAAAUCAAAACGUUUAUUCAAAUUAGGCUGAUAAAUCAGCACUUUUCGAACGCCAAAA